CGUGAACUUACUAUUCAUAGACCGCAAACCCGAACGCACAGGUUACAAGUCUCAGGGAGUUUCUUAAAGUAACAACAGGUUUACCUGAGCAGAUAUUAGAAAUGCGACUUGCAGAGUCUGAGGAUGAACUAGAGAAGCUCCAGACAGAUGGGGACUCCGAGAGCGACAGCAGCCACAGCAGUCUGGACAAGGACUACGUUCCCAGGGGUCUGGGCCCCGGAUCAGGAAAGAAAGCCUUCACUGAUGAGGAGAGUUCAGCUGCUGAGUGGAAUUGUAGCCCUGCAAAGAGAAGAGCUUCAAGGAGGCAAUGUCGCUCUGUAUAUGCCUCUCCACUGUCAUCGCCUGCAUCCAAGACAUGGGAGGGGAGACGCACUUGUAGAAAGAAGGUCAAAAAUGCAACUACACCCAAAAAUUGCUCCUCCUCUCACAAUUCUCGCAAGAGACUCUUCAGUCCAGGCAGGAACACUCAGAGCAGGAAGCGCCAAAGACGAGACUUAGGGCCAGACAAAGAUGGAGAUGAUGGAGACCGCUGGCGAAAUAUUGAUGAGGAAGAUGCCGAGCCUCCUCAGGCACGGUUCCGACCACAGAGGGAUGUAGGUCCUCAGCUGAACAGAACAGCAAGUUACACACCACUUGAGCUGUUUCAGCUGUUCUUCACUACUACAGUAAUUGAUACACUGGUAAGAAAUACUAAUACAUAUGGGGAAAAGAAAUGCCAAGGCCAGAGGGAAAGCUGGGUGCCUGUUACAACAGCAGAUAUGUAUUCUUACAUCUGCCUUGUCCUCUACAUGGGCAUUGUACCACUGAAAACUCUGAAAGAGUUCUGGAGAGGAUCUACACUAUUCAGUCUGCCAUUUCCUGCUUCUGUCAUGCCUUGCAGACGUUUCCUAGCCAUAUCCCGCAGCCUGCAUAUGAAUGAUCCCGCUAAGGAAGCAGCUAACGACCAAAAGAAGGGAACAUUGGGUUAUGACAGACUCUUUAAGAUAAAGCCACUGUAUGAGCAGAUCUUGGAAGCCUGUCACACUCACUUUCACCCACACCAGCACAUCUCUAUAGAUGAACGAAUGGUGGCGAGCAAAGCAAGGUUCGGAUUUAAGCAGUACAGCAGAAAUAAGCCAACAAAAUGGGGAUUUAAGCUCUAUGUGUUGGCAGACUCAAUAUGUGGCUACACCUUGAAUUUUUUUGUUUAUGUCGGAAAAGAUGGGGAACCCACAGGGAAGGGGAUAAGCUAUGAUGCUGUGAUGAGACUACUGAACAUUCCUUUUCUUGGCAAAGGCUACAAGCUUUAUGUUGACAACUUUUACACUAGUCCAGGUCUGUUUCUUGACCUUCUUAAAAGGAAAAUCUGGGCCUGUGGCACUAUUCGCUCCAACAUAGCAGGUUAUCCCAAAGAAAAACCAAACAACAUGCCGGAGAAAACACCCAGAGGAACCAUUAGGUGGAUCAGAAAAGGGGAUCUGUUGUUUGUUAAGUGGUUUGACACCAGAGAGGUAACAAUGUGCACCACUAUGCACAAAGCUUACAGCAAUGAUAUGGCAAAGAGAAAAGUGAAAAACAAAGACGGACAGUGGACAGUAAAGCAUGUUCCCAUUCCAGGCUGUGUCAAAGAUUACAACAAGCACAUGGGGGGUGUUGACUUAUCCGAUGCACUUAUUGGCUAUUACAAUGUCCUUCACAAGACACAGAGAUGGUACAAAACUCUGUUCUAUCACUUUGUUGACAUAGCAACAGUAAAUGCCUUCAUCCUCUACAAAGAAAUGUGCAAAAUGCAAAAUCGACCAACAGGUACACAGAAACUCUUCAGGGAAAAACUCAUUUUGUCCUUGGCCCAGAUAGGCUCUACUCCACGCCGGUCAGGCCCACAAAACCUUAUGCUGUCCAUCUUUCCGUUUGGAAUGCCCCAUAUGCCUCCAAUGAACAUUAAGCCUAGUGCAUUAACCACAGUGCCACCGUCUUCCUCUUCUGAUGUGGUGCUUGGCUCAGCUCCUUCCUGCCCUGUGGAAGUCAGCCAGAAUGCUUCCACUGGUGAGGCAGCUGUUGCAGAGUGUGAUGCCCCAGGUUUAGGGCACCUGCCUGCUUACUUUUUUGAACAAAUGAGCAAUGUGGCCUCCAGAAAUCGGGCCACCGCUGGAAGGAGAUCAUGUGUGGUCUGCAAGAGAAAAUCACCCGUCUACUGCAGCACUUGUCACAAGACACUUUGUUUCACAACUCUAAGAAACUGCUAUAGUAAAUGGCACAGAAGCAAUAACAUCUGUGUCUAAUAAUGAACAAAACUGAGUAACAGGUACGUCUUUAGCAUUCAUUUACCCUCAUUCUUCCUUUUUUGGUCUUUUUUGAAAAACCCAUCCAAGGAUACAGAGCGUUACCUAGUAGCAUUGUUAAUGGUCAAGCAGCAUACUUAAACAGUUAUUUAGAUAGUGUCCUCACAAUGUAUUAAUGUGAGGAAAGUAAGUAUUUGAAGCACUGCUGAUUUUUCAUGUUUCUCCACUUACAGAAAGCGGAGAGAGUUGUGAUUCUUAAGGUAGUUACACAUCAAAAUUUGAAAUCUUUCAUUUCAUCUUUAAAAUCUUUAGUAUCAAUGCAUAGUAUUAGUAAUUCAUGUAGCCUAAAAUCAGAAACUGGAAGACAAUAAAGUUAUCCAGAAAUGAACAUAUUUCAUUGCUACAUAUUGACUUUAGAAAGGAACAUUCAUCAGAAAUCCUCUUUAGUAUCAAGAGGACAUUUGUACUUGAUGCCUAAGUUAGAAGACAACACCUAAUGGGACAGCACUCUUGCUUUUUUCUGUCUACAAAGGUGCUAAUUUGGUGGUCUUUGACCUUUAUCAGACAUCCACCAUUUGCUCUUAAGAAGAUUAAAUUGUAUAAAUUGUAUCCUGCCACCAUGUGUUUUACAGUGAUAGCACAACUCCUGCCACUUUAAUAACAGAGUAAGAACCUUAGAAUUUUAAACUGAAAACUGUAAUAUGAGCACAUUUCUGCAAUAAGUUAUCAUCCAAACAUUCACUUUUAUUAGGACAGGGGUUUGUCAGUAUACACUAAUCUUUUUGAUUUUGAUCAGUCAUCCGUGAAGAAUUAAAUUACAUCACUGCUGCUCAAUAAUGCGAACUUCCUUCAGCUGGAAAUUUCUCACAGUUUUAGAUUAAGAAUACUUUUUAUUUUAUGUCAGUAUAAAACUCCCCAAAUUUUUGUGCAUUGGUCCCGCAUUUUGUAUUGUAAAGUUUGUGUAGGUAUGUCUCUUACUUCUUGAUAUCUUACCUCAGGGGUUAAGCAUGAAGCUACUUUGCUCUCAGGUAUUAUUAAAACGUGUAAAUAUGGACUUUGACACACUAAUGAAUACUGCUGUAGACCCUGACAACUUGAAAAACGCAUACGGCAUUGUUAUACCACUGGAUCACAACACUGUACUGUAUUGACAUCUGUCUUGAAAUGCUCAUUUUGAUAAUGCAGACUUUAAAAAUUUAGUCUUGGGGCACAUAUUUUUCUUAUCAUUUAUUUCACAUCCUACAUGUAGACUACAACAUCACUUUUAAAAACAUUUUUGUACUACUUUGUCUUAGCUCCAACAAAAGUCUGAGUAAGGAGUGCAGUCAGAGCACCGGAGGUUUUCAUGUACAUCGUUUUUUAUGUAUUUACAGCUCAGCCCUGGAAAUAUAGGUCUCCUGCUAAUCAUUCUAAAAGAGGCUCUUUAGGUAACAAUACCCCAAAAAAUGUCCACUAAGUAAUCUAAAAACUGCAAAAAUUAAAGUUUGCUACAGAUACAUGAAAUGCAUGGCAGUAAUUUUUUAAAAUAGUCAAGUACUCUGAUUAAUGCAUUGACUUACAUAUUGUGAAGUAUCAAGCAUACACAUUUGGACAUGAUUUCAAAACUAAACAAGUGUUGUUUAGGUAUCUAAUUAGCAUGCAGUAAAUAUUGCAAAAAGAAAAAUUACCCAAAGAGCAAAAGCAUAAAUAUAAAACUGGUUAGAAUGAAAACUAUCAAAAAUAGUAAAAAUAGGUUUUUGAAAAGUCUCAAUCUGGAUGGCACAUAUUAUUAGAAGCUCAGUGUAAAACCUUGAGCUGGUAAUUUUACACCAAAGUCCCAAGAUAUAUGAUUAUGUGAUUUACUAAAAAAAACUGCAAUAAGAAUAGAGUUUCAGAUAUAUAUUGAGAGCUUUUUAAUUCUGUUGUAAAUUGGUGAGCAAUUUCUGACUCUCGUGUGGAAAUAGUAACCAGUUAACUUCAGCAUAGUACUGUAGAUCAUUAGUUAAUUAUUAAGCUUAAUUGUGUUUGUGUCGUUUAUUGGUUGUUUGGACUUUGGCUUACAUGAAAAAUGAAAGGCUGGUACAAUUUGUAAAAAAGUUAUUUUAGCUUCUACAGGAACUAGACACAGUAAGAGCUUCAACUUGCUGCGGUUUUUAUUUAAGUAGUGUGGGUUUUUUUUUUUUUUUUUUUACUCUAACAAUGUGGAGAAAUCUUUAAAGCUUCCAUUGAUCACAGUAGCGUACUUGUGCAUGUUCAAAGGAAUUAUCUGUGCUUGGAAAUUUUAGUAUGGAAACAGCAUUACUUUCCCAGUGAAAUAACUGAAAUGGACUUGAAAUGAUUUUCUUUUUUUAUAUAAAAAAUGGCAUAAUGUGAAGGAAAACAUUUCAGAACAUGUUUGUACCAUAUGCUACAAACCUGAUUUCAGGACUACAUACUUGAAUUUUCAAUGUUCCUAUUUACAUGUUUCCUAUGUGUGUAUUUGUAGCUAUACUGAGGUAGAUUCUUAGGACUGUGAAUUUUGCAGAGGUAGUAUAGUUGUUUUCAAUGUUUAUGCGCAUAGUGUUAUUUUUUUGUGAGCGCUGGACAAAUAAUAGAGCAGCUUCACUGCAAUGUGCUGAGAGGAUUUUGACACAUUGGUAGGAAUGCUUUAGAAACAUAAUUCUGUGGCACCAAAUACGUAAAAUAAUGAUGUGCUGCAUCUGGAGUGUUAUGUAACAUUUUUUUUAUUUUCAUAUGAGCAAUUUGAAAAGUCUGAGCUUUUUCUGAUGCCUGGCACAGCUUUCAUGUGAAGCCAACUCUUGAGCUAGACAUAUCCGCAAAGAGAUUGUUUAAUUUUGAACCACAGGAUCACUAAUUAAUGUCAAUUUUAAAAAAAAGUUUUUUUGUCUUUCAAAAAAUACUCACACAAAUUUAUAUUCACUGACUAUUUGUGCUUUCAAGAUCUAUAAAGAUAAAAGAGAAAAAGAAAAUAGUUAUGAUAUUGGAAAGGUUCUUAUAGGUUAUACUGCUGGGUUUUUUUAUUAUUAUUAUUCAGGCAUUCUCACAGAAACAUAUCAAGCUCAUAGAAAUAUGGAGUCAUAAUAACCCUCAAGUAUCAUUUGAGUUUACAUUUCAUAUGGCUUUUUUUUUAAAUAAAUGAAAUAUAUAAAUCCUGACUUUUUUCAUACAGCUGAAGUAUCAUCCAUAAUCUGAAACAUUGCAUUUUGUAAGUCGACUGUAACCCAGAUUUUCUCAUUUCAUGUCUGUUUUUUUUUGGUCUUGCGUGAUUUUGUUCAUGUUGCUGUCAGAUUUUUAACAUUUCAGUACCCAGACUUUCACUCCUGAGUCAGGUCACCCCAUCAUCAAUUUAUUCCCUCAAUUCAUACCAACAAAUUACGAUUUUGUGUAGUUUAGGAUCAGUUAACCGUCAUAAUAUUUUAUCCCUGAUCAAGUUUAAAUAACUAAUCUGCCUGUUCCUGGUUGAUAGCCAUAUAGUAAAAAUUUAAAUCAGUAUUCCAUGGGUAGAAUUUAGAAAAUUACUUUGAGUCAGCGGUAGAGAUGCAACGUCGCCUUGGCUACUACAGGACCUGAAAAAUGGUUGGAACAAAAUAUUUAGAUGGCAAGGUUUUGAAUGUACAAAAGUUGAGUGUAAAACAACCAAAACAGUAAAUGUGUAGCCAAGACGCAUCCCCAAGCAUCUGGUGCUACAACGUGUUGAUUUGCCUGAACUGUGUAUAAAAUCCCUUUGUCAAAAACCUGCUCAGUUAUUGCUUAUUUAAUGGUAAAUGUAAACAAUAGAUAGGAAAAAUGUUCUCUGAUACUUUCAUGAUACAAAACUAAGUGUUUUAAGUGUAUUCUUUAAUUUUAAUGAGCUAAUUUGUCUCUGCCAUUAUGAGUGUUAAUUUUAUCUCUAUACUUUUAAUUUUUUUUUUUUUUUACAUAUUUCCUGUAAACAGUUAUGAAGGUAGAGUGUUAGAGGUAGAAUGUGUUCAUGUGUGCAUGUUUUUAUAAGCUAUUUCAGUGAAAGUUGUACUUUUAUCAGGUGCAACAUGUAUAACAUUAUAGUCCUAUUUUAUACCUUCUGUUGAUUUUUUUUUUUACACUGUACAUUUUUAUAAGGAGUUUAAUCAAAAAUAAAGAAAUUACAGAGCAA